GGACGACGAGAGCGCGUAGCCCGGUAUAGAGACGAGAGAGAGCGCGCCGGCCUGUUAAUCCCCUCACAAGUCGCCACCUUCUUCCUUUCCUUUCCUGUGCCACGUUUGUUCCGUUGCAAUGGAAGGACAACAGACUAAGAUCUAUGUGCCAGACCCGGAGGUGAGUUGGGUGGAGGCCACCAUCACCAAGGGCCAUGUCGUCAGUGAGACCACCGUCGAGGUGAUGAUCGAGGGCGACUCGACCGAGGAGAACGAUGCCAAGCAGCCUGAGGCCGGUUCCAUCCGCAAAAUCGACAAAUCCACAAUGCUGCUGCAAAACGAGCUCACGUCUGAGGACGGAUGCGCCGACAUGGUGAGCCUCAACUACCUACACGAGCCGGCCAUCCUGUUCAAUCUUAAGCACCGAUUCCUGCGUCAAAUCCCCUACACAUACACUGGCGCUAUUUGCAUUGCCGUCAACCCAUAUUCAUGGCUCGAUAUCUACACGAAAGAGCUCCAGGACCAAUACAUGGAGCGCGACCGCAGCGAGUUGCCGCCUCACGUGUAUGCCACGAGCGCCGGUGCCUUCCAGCACAUGCGCGUGUUCGGAGAGGACCAGAGUAUCCUGGUUAGUGGCGAAUCAGGAGCUGGUAAGACGGAAACGACCAAGAUAUUGAUGUCCCACUUGGCGUCGGCCGGCAGCCAGUCCACGACGGACGCUGAGGCCAAGGAGGCCAACAUCAUUGAGCGUGUAUUGGACGCCAAUCCGUUGAUGGAAUCCUUCGGUAACGCCAAAACCUCGCGAAACGACAACUCGAGUCGAUUCGGUAAAUUCUCGGAGCUGCAAUUUGACGCGUUGGGGCAGCUGAUUGGUGCUCGCUCCCGCACAUAUUUGCUGGAGAAGUCGCGUGUGUCACUCCAAGGUCUGGGCGAGCGCAAUUACCACAUUUUUUACCAAUUACUGGCUGCGCCUGAAGAUGUGACGACGGAGGUGAAGGUCACGGGCAUGCAAGCCAAGGAUUUCCCGUUUAUCAAGCCGCAUGACGAGGAUCUGGGCAAAAACAUUGACGUCAGUGCGGGGUUGAAGGAUGCCGAGCGAUUCCAGCAGACUGUGUCGUGUCUGGAGACGAUGGGCGUGUCCAAGGAGGACCAGAUGAGCAUCUUCAAGGUCGUGGCGGCGAUUCUGCACUUGUCUCGCUUGCAGUUCGAGCCUAAGCCAGGUAAUGACGACGCGUCGCAGCUUACGGGCACGCCGGAGAUCCAGAAAGCGAGCGAACUCGUGUCGCAGCUGCUGGAAUUUGACGACAACCAGCUGCACACUGCGCUCUGCACGCGUGAGAUGACUGCGGUGAUGGAGACGUACGAGGUGCCGCUGAACGUCUCGCAAGCCGAGGGAGCACGAACAGCUCUGGGUGUUGCACUGUACUCGCACAUGUUUUCGUGGCUGAUCCACCGCGUAAACAUGUCGACGAGCGCUGCGCACGCAGAUGUGGCUCACAAGAUUUGCAUUUUGGACAUUUUCGGCUUCGAAAUCUUCGAAAAGAACUCGUUUGAGCAGCUGUGCAUCAACUACGCCAACGAAAAGCUGCAGCAGAAGUUCACGCAGGACGUUUUCAAGUCCAUCCAGCAAGAAUACGAGGACGAGGGCAUUCCCUGGACGCGUAUCGAGUUUGCUGAUAACGUCAACGUCUUGUCGCUACUUGAAGGACGUUUCGGUGUCUUGUCUCUGCUGAACGAAGAGUGUAUGCGGCCCAAGGGUAGCGACGCUGCGUUUGCCAACAAACUGAAGGCCCAUUACAGCGACAACGACCGCUUCGAGUGCCCUCGUUUCGCCCGUGACGCCUUCGUGAUCAAGCACUACGCUGGUCCAGUGCAGUACGACACGACAGGCUUCUUGAUCAAGAACACGGAUGCGCUUCAGAAUGAUCUGAUUCUUUUGAUUAAGAAGUCUAAGGCGCCGUUCCUCAAGAAACUCUUCCCAGAUGAGCACGUGGGCGACGCCAUGACGGGUAUCCCCGGUACGAACGCUGCUAGUCCUGCACGUGGACGUCCAGGUCUGAGACGGAAGAGCUCGAUCGUAGCUGACACUGUGGGCACGCAGUUCAAGAGCCAGUUGAACGGACUGAUGGAGGACAUUCGUCGCACCAACGUCCACUACAUUCGUUGCAUCAAGCCCAACGGCAAGAAGAGUCCCCUAGUUUUUAACAAACCGCGUGUGACGGAGCAGCUUCAGUGUGCUGGUGUGGUGGAGGCUGUGCGUAUCAGUCGUAUGGCGUAUCCCAACCGCGUGCUGCAGACGAUGUUCCUCGAGCGUUUCCGUGGCGUGGCGUCGUCCACUACUGAGGAUGGGAAACCUUCAGCGCUUGCUGUGCUAACAGCUUCUGUCGACGAAAACCCGAGCGACGAUGAGAAGACUGCGGCCGCUGUUCGUGAGCUGCUGCUGAACUUGAUGCCUGGCAAGGAGAGCGACUACCAGAUCGGUAAGACGCGUGUGUUCUUCCGCCAAGGAGCCCUCGAAGCGCUCGAGGAGCUGCGUACGCGCAAGUUCAAUGCCGCGGCUGUGGUUCUACAGCGCUACGCCAAGAAGUGGAUGGCCAUGACCAUGUUCCAGAAGGUCAAGGAGGCGGCCAUCGUGGCGCAGAAGGUGUACCGUGGUCACCGUGCUGUGGUACAGUACAAGACGCAACGCAAGGCCGCUAUCAGUGUGCAGAAGUAUGUGCGUCGUCACCGCGCUCAGCAACUUCUGGUGCGUAUGCGCGAACAGUACCGUGCUACUCAGAUCCAGAACAUGUGCAAAAUGUUCGUGGCUCGUCGUAAGUAUCAGGUCAAGGUGAAGGCGAUCCGUACGAUGCAGAGUGUCGUGCGGAUGCACUUGGCUGUCAAGGCGUUCUCGGUUCUGCAGAAACAAGCAAAGGAAGACGCCAAGCUCGAGAACCAGAUUCAGUUGCUCAAGAAGCGUCUGCAACAGGAACGUGAGGCGCGUAUUGAGCUUGAGCAGCAGGCGCAACACGGCACUCGUGCUUCGGUUCACAUGCGUAGCGAGGAGGCGCUGGAGGAUGCCGAUCUGGUGAUUGACCAGCUCAGACGCGAGAAUGCUUCACUUAAGGAAGCUAACACGAACCUCAAGGCGUUUGGUGUGCAGCUCCGCAAGGAGAAGGAGGUGAUGGAGCGUGGCGCGUAUGUGAACGGCGCGUCCUUCGCGGCUGCCAACCAGCGUGCCAUGAAGCUGCAGGAUGAGAACGAAGCGCUGAAGAGUGAGCUGGCUCGUUACAAGACUGGACACCGCAACUUGAAGGCGCAACAUGCUGGAGUGAUGGAGAAGAUCACGCUUAUGCAGAGCUCGCUGAGUGAGGCGUUGAAUGAGCGUCAGGCUCUCCGUCACACGGUGGGCCACUUGAAGCAGCACACGGAGCAUCUGCAGGGCGAGAACAUGGCGCUUGCUAAGGCGAACGCUCGUCUUCGUCUCAUUCUGCGCCAAGACCCCGAGCUGAGUCGUAAACACCGGGAAGAGGUGCCUCGCCUGACGAAGCUGGCGCUGUCAUCAAAGCAGCCACAGCCCAAAGCGACGGCCAACAAGACGAUCGCUGCUGCUUCCAAGGCCAUUGAACUCUCGGAACCGCCUGUGGGUAUGCGCGUGUCGCUGUCGACGCUGCAGCCGCCUGCGCCUCCCUUGGAAAGUAGUGUCUCCUCCAGCCAGCCCAUGACGACGCCCAUCAAGCGCGCCAACUCGCUGGCCACGAAGAAACAAGAGAGCUCAAAGUCGUCGCGUGUCGUCAACAUCCGCGAGAUCUCGAAUGCUGGACCUGAAGAGGAACCGGCCGUCGUUGCCUCGCCUACAGCUGAGGUGGUUGGCGAACGUCUGUCGUUCGCAGAGGUGAUCAAGGGCCGUGACCGUCGUUCUUCCUCCAUAUCUAGCACGGGCUCGUCUUCAGGAACUCCUGCUCCUAGUGCCCCCGCUAAAUGCGCCGGUAUUCGUCAGCCUACAGGUGAGGACGGGCCUCUCGAGUCUCCAGCUAAGGUCAUGGGCCUCGUCAUGGAGGGUGAGCCGGAAGACAACGGCGAUCGUGUGAGCUUCAGUGUGACACUUGGCGUGGACUUGCUGGAGGACGCUAAGCAGCAGCAGCAACAGCGUCAGUCGCUCACUGGCUCCACUGUUACUACCAAACAUUCUAACACAAACGGCACGGGCAAGUCCAAGGGCCGCACGCGUCGCGGCUCGUACGACCGCACCGAGUCGUUCAACAAUGGCGAGAACAGGCGCAACUCUUCUCUGCGGCAAUCAUUCACUGGCAGUGUUGAAGGCGGCGGCACUCGUCGUAGCUCGUACGACCGCAGCGAGUCUUAUGGCAGCGAUGCAGUGAGAAAUUCCUCGCUUAGACAGUCGCUAACCGGCGGCAACCACCACAACGGCGGCAACCGUGGACGCUCUCGUCGCGGCUCGUACGACCGCAGUAGCAGCUACAAGAGUCGUCAGACUAGCGACACGAUGAGCAAUGCGAGUAACAGCAGCGGAGGCGGCGGCAAACGCAUUGAGCUUUAAGCCAUAACACGACGGACAGCUGAGCUGACGUGGAAAAUGACGGCGGAGAGCGAAGCAAGGUUUAUGGUGCGUGGUGUAUAUAAUACUGGUAGCGGCUUUGGUCGCUUCCAUACAGGAAUAAAAAUAGUUUGCAACAUGAACGUAGGGAGCAGCAUUAAACAAAAUACAAAAAGAAC